CUACAAAAAUAAGAUAUUUACAGAAAAUAUGCUGAUAUUCACUUAAAAAAAACUGAAAAUCACGAUGUGGAAACAAUAUAGAGUAUUUUACAUUGGUGUUUUGCUAUUUCGCGGCAGAUUAAGUGAACGCAAAAUUUCUGUAUGAUAAUCUUGCCAAUUGACGAUGUAUAUAAUCUUAGAAUUCUUUGGUGAUUUAGCGAUAAUUAUUAAUCGUUAUCUACUAAACGUAAGAUUGGCGGGAUGGGCGAAUGGAAACCUAGUGGAAAACGCUUAGAGAGAGUUGAGUGCUAAUUAGUAUAUGAGAAAAUGUCGAAGCGGCCGGCCUCUGAAGUCUUUGACGACGAAGGACCGAAACAACCAGUGAGGGAGGGAAAAAAACACUCAUUGGAUUCUGACGAGGAAGAUAAUGGGGCAGAAGAGGAAAGGAACAAUGUGAUGAAUGCAGACGAUAUUGAAGGAGAAGAAGAAGGAGUUGGGGGAAUUGAAGGUGAAAUUACUAUAACUCCAUUUAAUAUGAAGGAAGAGCUGGAGGAAGGACAUUUUGAUGCACAAGGACAUUAUCAAUGGAAAAAACAGACAGAAAUAAAAGAUGGCUGGUUAGAUAACAUAGAUUGGGUGAAAGUCAAGGGCCGACCUGAAGACAAGUACAAAAUUCACAAAAGUGAAGACAACAAAGGACUGGGCGAUGAAUCCAGCAGUGAAGAUGAAGAGAUUAAUGAGAAAUUUGAUUUGAUAGAAAAUUACAAAGAAAUUUUACAACAUAUGAAACCACGAGAAACCAUUGCUAAGGCUUUGCAGAGAUUAGGUGCAAGUUCAAAAAUUUCUUCUGCAGAGCGUUGGAAAAGGAAAAAAGCAGGAAUUAUUGAUGAAAACAGCAAAAUUGUUACAAGAAUAACAGAACUUGCUAAUCAAAUCUUAACAAAAAUGGGUAAUAUGGACAUUUAUCAAGAGAACUAUGAAAAAAUUAAUGGCAUUGUCUCUAAAGCUAGUAAUGAAGAUGCCGAUUUAGAUAUGUAUGCAGAUGACUUUGAUCAGAAAGAAAAGCAAAAUCUAGAAUCUAAAAAUCCAGACCCAACUCCAUUUGAAACUAAAACUGAGGAGAAGAAUACCAAUGAAGUCAAAUGGGAGUUUAAAUGGAGUCAAAAUGAUGACGAUGUAUCAGGACCGCAUUCCACAGAACAAAUGAAUAAGUGGGCUUCAGAAGGCUACUUUAAAUCUGGUGUAUGGGUGAAAAAGCAAGGAGAAGACAGUCAAUUUUACAAUUCCAACAGAAUUGAUUUUGAAUUAUACAUGUAGUCUUCCUUUACAAAAUAUUGUAUAAAUAAUCUACAAUUGUAUGUUUUAUUUUUA